AAAGCUGUUUAUUGCAGAGACUUCGCCGUGAGUGAUAGCCUAACGAUUGCUUUAGGGCACCCUGGGUUCUGGUGUUUCUGUAAAUGUACUGUUUUACUUUUCAUAGUCGGGUUUAUUUUAUUUUCCUUUGGUUGUGUAACAGUUCUAUUCUUUUCUUUUCGUGUAUGAAUCACUAUCAAGUAAUCUUGUUAGUAUACUUAUCCAAAUGAGGACCAAUAGCAUGAUGACAUGUCAGCUGCUCCCUGUGCCAGCGUGGAAAACUAGGAGCAGCAUAAGUACACAAUGGGUGUCCCUCAGUGUGGGUGCUGACAUGCAACAAGCAUGUCAGCACAGGAGCUAGUGCUGAGACAACGGACGGAGAUCCUGCAUGCGCUGUGCAGCAGCGGGUCAGCUGAACAUCUGGAUCAGGUUCUGGACAUUCUGCUGUCCCAGGGGGAGCUGGUGCCGGAGGACUACCAGAACAUCCAGGUACCGGGCCAGGCACUGUACACCAAGACCAGACGGUUGCUCGACCUGGUUCAUGCCAAGGGCGUGGACACCUGCGUGCUCUUCUACGCCGCUCUCAAACAGGUGCUGCCUGAAGGGCGAGCUGCUGGUUUCUCAUUUCCGGGAUUCUGUUCGAAUCGAGAGGAAGAGGUUGGUCACCCGAGCACAUCUACUCGGACGCUUCUGACCCAACGGCCGAGCCUGGUCAGCAAUCUGCAAGGCUGCGUUGAAGAUGCACUGCACGCUCUCGUCACAUCAGGUCACUUUACCUCAGCAGACUGCAAUGACGUGCGGCUGCCUAUAUACACUCCCUCUCAGCAGGCAAGACGUUUGCUUGAUCAUGUCAGGUCGAAAGGGGAAUUAGCGGCGAAGGUUGUACUUCAGUACGUUCAGCAAAAACAGGGAUCUGGAUCAUCGCUGAACCAGGAGAAUUGGUCUCCUCCCAAAGUGGUCUUAAAGUAUCAGAAGAAGCUCAGCAGUUCUGUGUCUGCUCAGUCCUGCUUCCUUAGCACUUAUGGAGGGACCAGCCACAUGUCCCUGGACGACAUCUACACUGAGGGCCAGCUGGAACUAGCUCAUAACUGCGACGAUGUCCAUGGACCUUUGUGCCUGGAGGACGUAGUCGGCGCAGUGGGUACGGUGAACAAGGAGGCCGACACAGUGCUCGUGUCCGGGGAUGCGGGCGGGGGGAAAAGCACCUUACUCCAGAUGCUGCACUUGCUUUGGGCUCGGGGGACGAUCCUUGGGGAAUUCCUCCUUCUGUUUCCGUUCAGCUGUCGCAGGUUGAAUUCCGAGCGCCAGGAACUGUCCGUCAAGGAGUUGCUGUUUGAGCACUGCUGCUGGCCGGACAGGGAGCAGGAGGAGAUUUUCCAGUUCAUCCUGGACCAUCCACAUCUCAUCCUCUUCACUUUCGAUGGCCUGGACGAGCUCAAGCAAGGCUUUUCAGACGAGCACCGGCUCUGCCGCCCCACCCAGCGAGCGCCUGUUCAAAUCCUGUUGUUCAACUUGAUCCAGGGUUCCCUGAUGAAGGGUGUGCGGAAGGUGGUGACUAGUCGCCCGGAGGCAGUGGGCCCUGCGUUGAGAAAACACCUUCGCAAAGAGGUCCUCCUGCAAGGCUUUACCCCGAGUGGGAUUGAGUGCUUUGUGCGGAAACAUCACCAUGACCCCGCUGUGGCCUCCAAGGUGUUGGAGUCCCUACGGACAAAAAACGCUCUCCUUGGGCUGUGCCAUAGCCCAGUCCUCUGCUGGAUUGUCUCACAUUGCCACAAGGAGCUUCUGGGUUGUGGCGAAGGCAGUCUACAAACAAUCACAGAUGUUUACCUCAUGAUCUUGCAGCACUUUUUCCAGCACCGAAGCUCCCCUAAGAGCACCACGGGGACAAGCUGGCUUCAGGAGCACCUAGACACAGUCCUGCAUCUUGGCCAGCUUGCCUUUGAGGGAAUAGGAACAAGCUGUUUCAUCUUCUCAGCUGCAGACCUUGAGACAUGUGGCGUAACUGAGAAGGACAUCUGCAUGGGCUUCCUCGUACAAAGCAAAGACAUGUCCCCCACCCACAGUAAAUGCUUUGAAUUCCUUCAUUUGAUGAUGCAGUGCUUCUUUGCUGCUCUGUACGUUGUUUCGUCAAAUAACGCUGACCGUUCAAUCAUCUCGAACCUCUUUGAGCCGCAGAACAUGAGAGGGACGGGUCUCGGGAGCACCUCAUGCUUCGGCGUCUGCUCGUCCGCCACUGAAAAACCAGAGCAGGCUUUGAAGUGGGAAGCUGCAACAGCUGAAACACCCAAUCUGAAAAUCACAGCCACUUUUGUGUCUGGACUGUUGUCCCAGCGCCAUCGAAGCCUGUGGCUCCACUGCUGCCCCGGUGCAGUGACCGAGAAGAGGGUCAGACAGGUGGUGAGAUGCCUGUCCAAAGGCAUGCACAAACACUUCAAGUCCAUCCCGCAACCCGUCGAGGGCGAUAAAAAGAGCAUGCACGCAAUGCCCGGCUUCGUCUGGCUCAUCAAAUGCAUCUACGAGAUGCAGGACAGCAGGGUUGCCAAGGAUGCCAUGAGUAAGCUGGUGGUGGACCACCUGAAACUGACCUACUGUAACAUCGGUCCUGUAGAGUGCACCGCUCUAGCCUACGUGCUCCAGCAUUUGAGGAAUCCCGUCGGCCUCCAGCUUGACAACAACUCCGUGGGCGAUGUCGGAGUGGAGCAGCUUCUUCCCUGCAUGCACAACUGCAGGUCCCUGUACCUCAGGAAUAAUAACAUUACUGAUGAGGGAAUUCGCAAACUACUUGCUACAGGUAUCCGUUGUGACAGCUUCCAGAAAAUUGCGCUUUUCAACAACAAGCUAACUGAUGCUUGUAUACAGCACUUUUCUCAUCUUCUGAAAAGCAGGCAGGAUUUCCUUUCUCUUAGGCUUGGCAACAAUAAUAUCACGGAAGAAGGAGCAAAGCAGCUGGCGGAGGGACUGAAAUCCAACCGUUCACUAAAGUAUUUAGGGCUUUGGGGCAACAAGAUAGGAGAUGCAGGAGCAGUGGCCCUCGCCAGUGCUCUAGAGAGCAGCACAUCGCUGGUGUGGCUUAGUCUGGUAGGCAAUGGGGUGGGGAAUGCAGGAGCAGGUGCCCUCGCCAACAUCAUCAGGAACAGCACGUCACUGGAAGAGCUUUGGUUGACUGAGAACUGCAUAACCACAAAAGGGGUGGAAUGUCUGGUUCAAGCCCUGAAGGAGAAUACGCGUAUGAAAUCAGUAUGGUUGAUAAACAAUGACCUCACUUUGGAGGAGGUGGAGGAGCUGACCCAACGGGAAUCCAGACUGAUCUUCUAAUUUUGUGUAAAGCUGGCCUAGUACUGUUCAUAGACUGUUUUCUAUUUAUUGUAUGAAAUAUUUAUAUAAGAGUGUGUUUGCUUAAGUGUUGGUCUUCUGCUGAAAGGAAUAAAAUGAUACUUUUCAAGGUUUAUCCAAGUACA